AUGCCCAGUUGGAGGCUGCUGGCUUGGGCCGGCGCCCGGGUGCUGGACCGCGGCACGGGUGGCCUGGGCACUGCCCUGGGCUCGAGAAACAGAACAGACAUCUGGGUUUUUGUUAGAAGUCUCCAUGGCAAGAGUGGUACUUGGUGGGAUGAGCAUCUUUCUGAAGAGAAUGUUUCCUUUGUUAAGCAAUUGGUCUCUGAUGAAAAUAAAGCCCAAUUAGCAAGUAAACUCUGUCCUCUGAAAGAUGAGCCAUGGCCUAUACAUCCUUGGGAACCAGGUUCCUCUAGAGUGGGCCUUAUUGCACUGAAGUUAGGCAUGAUGCCUUUAUGGACCAAAGAUGGUAAGAAGCAUGUGGUCACAUUACUUCAGGUACAAGACUGUCAUGUCCUAAAAUAUACUCCAAAGGAAAAUCAUAAUGGAAAAAUGGCAGCCCUGACUGUAGGAGGAAAAACUGUGUCACGUUUCCAUAAAUCUACAUCUAUAUUGGAAUUUUACCAGGAACUUGGAUUGCCACCAAAGCAGAAAGUUAAAAUGUUUAACGUAACAGAUAAUGCUGUUAUUAAGCCAGGCACUCCUCUUUAUGCUGCUCACUUUCGCCCAGGACAAUAUGUGGAUGUCACAGCCAAAACUAUUGGUAAAGGUUUUCAAGGUGUCAUGAAAAGAUGGGGAUUUAAAGGCCAGCCGGCUACUCAUGGUCAAACAAAAACCCACAGGAGGCCUGGAGCUAUUUCAACUGGUGAUGUUGCCAGAGUCUGGCCUGGAACUAAAAUGCCUGGACAGUUGGGGAAUGUGGAUAGGACAGCAUUUGGACUAAAAGUGUGGCGAAUAAACACAAAGCACAAUAUAAUCUAUGUCAAUGGUUCUGUACCUGGACACAAAAACUGCUUAGUAAAGAUCAAAGAUUCUAUACUGCCUGCAUAUAAGGAUUUCUGUAAAAAUCUACCGUUUCCAACAUAUUUCCCUGAUGAGGACGAAAAGGAGCUACCGGAAGAUUUGUAUGAUGAAGAAGUGUGUCAGCCUGGAGCACCUUCUAUUACGUUUGGUUGA